AUGGGUUCGGUCGUUAGUCGUCGCAGCGCAUUGCGUUGCCGUGCUGAGUCGCAAAAGCGGCUGAAGAGCAGCCAAAGCAGCCGCAGCAAGCAAAGCUUGCCGCCGGCAGAGUCCAGAGCGCAGACGCCCGCAAGCCUCUUUGCAUCCAAGAGGCCGUCGCUCUCCGACACCGACAGUGACAUACUGGGCCCUGGGCGGAUCAAGUCUCCCUUGGCAGAUUUGCGUCCGGUGGUUGUCGCACCGUCGUUGCCACCGAUGGUUCCGCACGCUUGGGCGGGCGACCCUGACGACCCACAGUUCAAGGCGCCAAGCUUCGAAACCAUCGGCCACUGGGAUGCAAGUGAGGAGAAAGGUGACUUGCUCUCCUUCCAGUUGGAGCCGGAACUUGAAAGAAGCACCACCACUGCAAGACAUUGCAAGAACGGAAAGAAAGCACAGUACAUGGCAGGCAAGCUGAAGGAAAAGCUGGGCAUACAGGACAGAACCGGAGGUGCCGGAGGCCUCGACGCCAGCUUCCCGGCCCUCGACGGGCACAUCGACGGAGAGGACAUGGCGCAUUUUCUGUACUCGAACGUGUGUGGUUGGCGGCAAAGUGCGGAGUCAGUUUCCUGUGGCGAGGUCACCGGAAAGGUCGAAAGCGCAGGCCGAGUGGAUGGCAGGUCCCGGAAGCUCUCAAGGAUGAGCGCCAUUGGGCCGCGAUCCGCCUCCAGCUCAAAGCAGACUUCACAUGUAGAUCACAUGACUGCAGAGAAAGAGAAGCACAAGCACAACUUCACACAACUCGGCCCGUUGCAGACUCCGACAGAUCCUUGGCAGAGCAGCGCAUUUCGCAGUGUUGGUGUAGACACCGGUAUCGAGGACUCUGGAAUCAUGCGCGAUGUCGACUUCGAGUCUGCAGAAGAUCAGCACAUCGCCACGUUGAAGGAGAUGGCCUGCGUUUCAGAGCGGAUGGAAAAGACAAAGGACGGCGUGGACCGCUUUGCGAAGGUGCACUUCCGCUGGACGGUUGGAAUCAAGUUCAUCGGCCUGGUAGCUUUGGCGUCGCUGCUGGCCGUGGAGUGGUACUCUGAGGUUCGCUCAGAGGCCUCGCGUCUGGUUACCGAGCUCUCGUCUCUUGGCAAGGAUGUGUUGUUGUACGACCUCGUCCUGACGAUGUCCGCUCGGAUGCUGGCGCUCACAGGUGACCUGCGAUGGCGCGACGAAUAUUUUCUCAAGGUGGAGCCCUUGGAGGUGGUCCUGAGUGAGAUCGCGCGCAAAGCACCUGACAUUGCCAGCGAGUUCGACAGAAGGACCAUCGUGGCAAACGAGAAGUUGCUGGCAUUGGAGGGCGAGGCCAUCGAAUUGUCCACAAAUAACGUUACCUUGGCGACCAGCGUUCUCUUCAGCGACGAGUACGAGACCAACAAGGCGCUCCUGCUUGAGGGCCUCAAUGUGCUGGACGGCAUGAUCAAAGACGUGCGCAAGCGUCACCAGGACACGCAAUCCUGGUGGGGCAUUUUGAGCCCGGCCAUGGUCUUGCUAGCUUUCUUCGGCGAAUGCGCCAUGACCGUCGCGGUCGAACGGCUGGACCGACGGCUGGAGAGAUAUUGGAAAGAAGCAGAUCACGCAAACUCAGCGUACAGUCAGGAAGCUCGCAAGCGCUUCGUCAAAAAAGCAGAGGAUACGAUCAUGAACAUACAGGGAAAGAUCCCCAAGCGUUUUUUGAGGCCGUUGCAGCUGCAAGCUGAGAAUGAUGAAGCCCCACCAUCUCCGCAGUUAUUGCGCAGGAGGCUUUUCUACUUGGCGAUGUCUGCCGAAGUCUUUGCACUUGCAGGCUUUGCUAUACCAGCUGUGCUGACCUUGGUCGCUCUGUACAAGGCAGAGGGCACGGAUCCACUGCAGCAGCUGAUCGUCCACGCGAAAGACACAGAGUUCUAUGAUGUGGCCUUGACCUCCAGUGCACGACUCUGCGUGCUGUCGGACGAUACGCACUGGGCGAGGGAGUACGAUGGCUUCGUUGCCCCCAUCGACACAGCCCUUGCGGGCUUGCAAGAGGUCGCUCCCGAUGUGGCAGCUGAGUUCGCCAAGUCGACUUCGGCCGCGAAUGACGCGCUCAUCGACAUGGAGGCAGCAGCUCUGGAAGCUUGUGGCUCUGAUUCACAACUUGGCCGCAGCAUCCUGUUCAGUCCAGCCUAUGAGGGCAACAAGACUCUGCUUCUUGAUGGGAUCCGCUCAGUCACCGCGGCUGCUGACCAGCAGCGCCAAAUCUUUGAGGACGAAGAGGAGCAGCACCACACUAUCAGCCGCAUCCUCUUGAUUGUGAGCACCUUCCUCAUUGUAGCCGCGGACCUCUGCACAGUUGUGAUUGCAGCCUGGAUGGAAGCUCUUUCUGUGGCCGAUGACGGUGAAGAUGGCAAAGAUUCAGCGGCCGAGCAGCGAUUUGUGAUGGGUCUGUUGGACCUGGUCAAGAUGACCUUGAGCUCAGACGAGAAACGACUGACGCGGGCCAUUGCUGACCAGGAUUCAUUUGCAGAAGACUGCGCCGACUUACCUGACGAAUCCGGUGGUGUAAAGUGCGCGGAUGGGCCGCCCUUCGGACUUCCGCUUGGCUUCGAAGGCUUUGUUUGCCUGGAGCUGCCGCAACCGAAGACAGCCCAGAUUCGCAUCGCGAGCUAUUUCAGAGGGCACUUGACGAGGACCGGACGUGGAGACUUGGUGCCAAAGCGAAGGCCCGAGAAGGAGCCUUUGCCGCCGGAGCUAGCAAAGCGCCUGGCGAGGCUGGACCCGUGGAGCGAGGAGCUCAACUUCCGCCAUGCCUGCCUGGGACAGACCGGCACUGUCCAUCUGGCGCCAUUUAUCAAGUGCCUGCAGUCCUUGCAGAUUCUGGAGCUCUGUGGCAACUACAUCGGCUCAAAAGGCAUCGUGCCCUUGAUCAAGAUGUUGGAGACGCAGUGGGACCUGAAGUACCUGGGACUCGCCUGGAAUGGCCUGGGUGAUGAGUCCUGCCGUCAUCUUGCCUCAGCCUUGGCAGUGUGUUUUUUGCACGAGAUUUCCUCCUCCCACUUCAGGGUCAGGGAGGCCAUAGUGGACUGGCAGAGAGGUAGUGCAACUUCAGGUGGGAGGGCUGGAGGUACAGAGAUGAUACUGCACUGGCCAGAGCUGGCCGGGCCAGCAUGUUGA